UCGAAGGAGGGGGUCGUGCAACUGUUUUCGAUAAUCGGCCGCGCGUUCCGUACGUGAAAAUCGGCCAGUACCCGACCGGUCACGUCUGCGUAAAAACGGAUAUAUGCCCAGAAUAUUUAUUAAGUGGGUGGCUGUGCGUGACUUCUCUCCAGUGAAUAGGUUAUAGCUUGUAGCUGCCCACGUAAAUCGGUCGCGAAAUAGGACGGCUUGUUUUGUUUGCUAACUGAAAACGUUUGCGGCUGAAACUGUUGACUGUUCGUGUGGAUUUUUUGCGGCACCGAGUUCGCCGAAAAUGUGCGUUCUAUUUUCAAACUAAUAUUAAAGACUCUAUCGAUACUACAGUGAAGACUUUUAUUUAAAUAAUGGAAUAAGUAGAAACUAAUUCAUGCUCCGAACUUCUCAUUUUGAAGCUUGUGUGUUUGAAAAUGGAAUAAUCAGGUUUUAAAAUUUCGAACGUUAAAAUUUCGUUUUUAAAAUGAGUGUGACAGCGCGGGAAAGGACUGUCAAAGACUAAAAGUUUAACAGACAGAUACGAUAAAGUGAUAAUGUUGCCAUACCAAGCGGUUGCAAUGGACUACGUGGCCUCAGGGUUCCACCACCACCAGCGGGCCGGCGGGUUGCCCGUCAUGGGCCUGCCAGGCCCCGGGCCGGGCCUCAACCCGGGCCUGAACCCGGCCUUCACCCAUUCCUGGUUCGUACAGUCAAGCCCGGAUAUCUGUCGGCAGCAACAAGCAUCCAACCAAUCGCAUCUCGAACCUGGCAUCCUCGAGCUGCGGAAAGAAAAAAGCAGAGACGCAGCCAGAUCACGCCGAGGCAAAGAAAACUACGAGUUCUAUGAACUAGCGAAGAUGCUGCCCCUCCCCGCCGCCAUCACCAGUCAACUGGACAAAGCUUCGAUCAUAAGGCUGACCAUAAGCUACCUCAAACUAAGGGACUUCGCCAACCAUGGAGACCCACCGUGGAGUCGAGACCUGCCGAGUAGCAAAGCUUUAAAAGGUGCACAAAGCAGGCGGACGGCUGCAAGUCUUGCGAUGGAGCUGUUCGAGCAGCACCAAGGCACACACAUCCUUCAGUCUCUCGACGGGUUCGCGUUGUCGGUGGCGGCGGACGGGAGGUUUCUGUACAUAUCUGAAACUGUAUCUAUAUAUUUAGGAUUAUCACAAGUAGAGAUGACGGGCAGCAGUAUAUUCGACUACAUCCACCAGGCUGAUCACGGGGAGAUUGCAGAACAGCUGGGCCUGUCCUUAGCGGGCAGGUCGGGCGGCACCGGCCUGAACAGCCCCGCCUCAGGGAGCGAGGAGGGCAGUCAGCAUGGAACUAAUAACCCUGACGUGUCAGCACAAAUGACGUUAGGAGCCAGUGGGGCAUUAUUCCGAGGGAUGGACAGAGCGUUCUGCGUUCGGAUGAAGAGCACCCUAACUAAGAGAGGCUGUCACUUUAAGUCGUCAGGUUACAGGGUAGUGCUAAUGCUCUGUCGUCUACGGCCGCAGUACUCCUUCUCACACAGUCGCAAGACCCCGCCCGCUCUACUGGGAAUGGUGGCUUUGGCGAUAGCGUUACCUCCACCAUCCGUUCACGAGAUAAGACUGGAAUCCGACAUGUUUGUCACGAGGAUCAACUUCGACUUCCGAAUAGCGCACUGCGAGCCCAGCAGGGUAUCAGAACUACUAGGGUACACCGCCGAGGAACUUACAGGGAAAAAUCUAUACGCGCUCUGCCAUGGAGAAGACGCAAACAAGCUUAGGAAAUGUCACGUUGAUCUGAUGAACAAAGGACAAGUGCUGACACAUUACUACAGGCUGAUGAACAAGCUAGGCGGGUACACCUGGAUGCAGACCUGCGCAACCGUCGUCUGCUCCUCCAAGAAUGCCGAAGAGCAGAACAUUAUUUGCGUCAAUUAUGUUAUUAGUGGCCGGGAAUACCCAAACACGGUGAUGGACUGUUGCCAAUUGGAAGAAAGUUUACAAGGUGUGAAGCGGGAAGAAGCUACAGGUGAUCCAGAAAAUGGACCACCUGAUGCAGAUACGCCGGGAGCACCCCCACCUCCUCCACGACACACCGCAGAAAGAACUGAAGCCCCCGCAAAUACUGACUCAGCGUCAACCGCACCUCCCACGUCAGAAGUCCCUCAUCUAACAAGACUCAACGAUGCACAACCCUUAUCAUUACACACAACCCAAGAAAGAACCUCGCCAAUGCCAGCCAGAAGAAUGAAAAAACGAAAACACACCACAGACUGCGAGGAAGACCCAGAACGAGACGAAGAAAGACGAAAGAGCUCGUCAAACCCAGCUCCUACUAUAUCUACCGAGCGGGAUAUGUCCAAAACUAACCUGGCGAUUCCAGAAACAUCUGACGCAACAUCCGUAAGAGACUUAGAAAACGCUAUGUCCAAACAUUUGCCUUCGCUAGAUGGAAAGGAGAUUUCUCAUCGACCUACAGAUUUUUCUACAGAUGCGUUACUAAAACAGCAGCAACAGAAAUCAACUAUUCAAUGGAUAGGGACGCAGAACCACCACUUGAAUCAUUUGAAUCGUCAAAUUCCUGUUACGCAUUCUUCGACGCCCGCUUCGGCGUUAUUAAGGCAACUGUACGCGAGUCGAGAGAGUGUUAUCAGAUUAGGGGAUGGUAGAACAGGAGGCUAUUACUCCAGUGACGGUCAAUCGGGACCUUUGCCGACGCCUCCCGGUAGCGAAGGCUCAGGUUAUGGAGAACAAUUAGGUCACAAAGGCACGGAUAUUAGUUCUUUACCAUACGGACCCUAUGCGGACUAUCAUCCGGCAAUGACGCCUCCAGGAUCUGUGUCUCCUAGAGAUAAACAACAAUACCCUUUGCCAUACGAUAACAGUGCUUAUUCAGAAGCAAUAAGGCAUUCCUAUUUAGAAUCCUCGUUCCCACUGAAACCUCAGGCUUACUCAGCUGUGCCCGGUGCUUUGGACUAUGCAUCGUCGAUAGACCAGUCCCAGUUCUUCCAUCCACCUACGUCAUUCCAUCUCUAUCACCCGCAAGCGCAUGCUACUCAUCCGUCUCACUCGCACCAAUCGACGGAUAAGUCAGCUCCACCGAAUACUAAUUGGUAUUCGACCAGCUCAUAGCCGUACUCGUGGUAGUGACGAAAUUUGGAAAUCUCCGAAGGAAUUUUCCUUGUAGGCUUCAAUUGUUUUAUUUGAACGUUGGUUUUUCAUUAACUGUUAAUACUGGUUUGCUGGAGGUUGUUUCACACCUCUCGGACAAUUUUUAAAGUUUUGUUAUCAUUGAAAUAUGAGAAUUUGACAUUGAAUAAAAAUAUGUUCUGUAUAUUAGUUUUGGACAGUAUUGUCGUUUGUGUUGAAAUUUUUGUGAAAUAUGAAUUAUACAAACUGCAUAAUAUAAAAAAGACUUAACCGAAUACUCAGGAAGGGCCAACAUGUUAGAUAAUUUUUUUUACAAUAAUGUGCCAAAAAUAUUAAAAGAGAAUGUGGCAUACAUGAAUUAUAGCAUUUUAAUUAGAAUUUAAAAUAUUACCUACGACAUUAUUUACAAUAAUUUGUGAACCCAUAUUAUGUUUUUAUAUGGUAGCGCGUAUAGUAUCUACUGAAAUAUUUCAAAAUAGCGGUACACAAGUUAUAUCAAAAGCCAUAGGUGAAUAGUAUUUUGUCGUUAUGGUGGUACGUGGCAGAAAUCACAAAGUUAAAAUGUUAUUUAUAAUCUGUCUACAAUCUACAUCGUUCUUUUUUUACGAAAUGGCGAUAUACGUAUAUUAUCUAUAGUAUAUUCAAAAUGGCGGUACAUUAGCCUAAACAGUAUUUUGUCCUUAGUGUUAUAUAUAGCGGAUUAUUUUACCCGCUAAGCUACAGGAUGGUUAUUUCUACAGCCAUCGAUAAGGGAAACAAUAAAACUAUAAGAGUUACUUUAGAGAUAUUUGGUUUAAAGAAAUAUAGCGUCGGCGUCGAUUUGAUUAUGAAAAAACUACUGGCGACAUAGUUUUAUUGUAGUAGGAUCAAUUUCAAAAGGUUAUAAGACAAAAAACCUCUCAAGCUCGUUUUGAAAUAGCGUGGUUUCCAACACAUCGUUUUAAAACACAUAACCUCGCUGUCAAAAAACACUGACUAGAAAAUAGCACCGCUGAAGAGUUUUUUGAGUUGAGUGACACCAUAUUCCGCUCCUAGAAAAUUAGAGCGUCACUGAAUAAUUUUCGCUCACACUUACCUACUACUAAUAUUUCUGUAUAUGCUCUUUUUUAUAUAUGUUUCAUUACAUUACAAGUAAAACUUUUAGUGGCGAUUUAGAUUUCGGGCAGAAGGAACGUUUUCCUCUUUAAAAUGCACGUCAAACAGAACAGCAGUUUUAAAGCCGCCGCUUUUUAUGGAGGUAUUUUAAACUACCAAGUAGUUAGUGUCAAAAAUUAAAAGCUCGAAUUCCUACUUAGUCAUUUUAAUAAUUUACUUUUUAAUUUUAACAUAACUUAUUUUUAGUUUAAUCGUAAUAUCUGCAACACCGUCAUAGCAGUUUUAUUUCAACCGGGCAUAAAGUUAGGUAUUUACUUAAAGUUUUUUCUUUUAAAAUCGACGCCAUGGUGUCCUGACCAAAUAACUUUACUCUUGAUAAAGGCACUGCUGGAGAAAGAACAUCCUGUAUAGCUUAUUGCAUAUCAUUUUAACGUUUUAUAUAAGCUUCAGUGUAAAUUAUUGUACAAUUGUUAGGACAACUAUAAUAAUUAUUUAGGUUUAGAUUUGACUCCUGUAAAUUAUAAAUAAGUAUUGUAUAAUAACUAUUUUAUUGUUAGAAAUAGGAUUUCGUGUAAAUAUAUCGUUUAGAUAAUGGUAUAGAUUUUUUUGUUUUUUGGCAACGCUCAAAGACUUUUGUUAAAUAUACCUAUACUUAAUUAUUAUAUAUAGUAUUGUUUAUAGGAAAUAAGUAGUUCUUUUUUAAAUAAUUGUGAACAGCGAACCUAAAAAAGAUUUUGCAAGUAUGGGCCAGAAAUGUCAUUAAGUAUACAACAAGUGUAAAUUAAAAAUUUUCAACACCCCCGACCAGUGAAGGUUACAGUAACUAGAAAAGAGCUGAUAACUUUCAAAAACUUGGAGUUUUCCAAAACAUCAUUUUCAAAU